CGCUUUCUUCAUCUGCAGCAGGAAGCUCACCUAGUUGGUACCUCGCCGCCUUUCUUUUUUUUUUUUUUUUUUUUUUUUUUUUUCUGGGCUUCAGCUCCGUAUUCAUCCAUUCAGGUACAGGUAUUCAUAUGUAAAGGUGGAAGUAGGGAUUUUAAGUAAGGCGCUUCAAUUAUGUUUUUUCCUAAACCGUCAAGAGUUGGAAUUCGGAUGGUGAAAGAGCUUACUAGAGGAAAAACUGUGAGCUUAACUAGAGCUGGAUAUAUUAUACAAAGGCCUUGUAGAAAAUACUUGCCAAAGCUGUUGGAAAAGCAGUCACGAACUUUGGUCUCUUCUGGGGCCAUAUUUCAAAAGUAUCAUCAUUUUUCUACAACUUCAAAAGGUUCUUUAGAGGAAGGGAUUGAACACAAAGAGAAGAUAUCUGUGACAUUUGUUGAUACGGAUGGAGAGGAGCAGCACAUUAAGGUUCCAGUUGGAAUGUCUAUGUUAGAAGCUGCUCAUGAAAAUGAUAUAGAACUAGAAGGAGCAUGCGAAGGCUCAAUUGCCUGCUCGACAUGUCAUGUAAUCGUGAUGGACAUGGAGCAUUAUAAUAAGUUAGAAGAUCCAACUGAUGAGGAGAACGAUAUGUUGGAUCUAGCUUUUGGGCUUACAGAGACGUCUCGUCUGGGUUGUCAAGUGAUUGCGAAGCUAGAACUCGAUGGAAUUCGUUUAGCUAUUCCUGCUGCCACUAGAAACUUUGCUGUUGAUGGUUAUGUUGCAAAACCUCACUAGAGAUGAUACACCAAGAGUUGGUUACAGUUUGGCGGAUUUUAUUUUUGUAGCAGUAUGUAAUGUUUAUUUUUUGAAAAAGAAUUUUGGUGUUUAGGAUUGAUCACUGCUUCCAUGCAUGUAGCUGAGCUGCUGUAUAACAUUAUUAAUAGGUGAUAUUAUCUUAAGGAAGCUAUGCAAUAAUUGAAAUUCUUUUUCUCUC